UUAAGCAUGGGAAGAAUAGUUGCAACAAUCACAAUAACAAAUUGACAAAUUACAACAACAAAACAAGAAUAGUUGCAACAAUCAGUUGAGUUUCUUUGACCUGUGGCUGUAAAAGAACUACUGUCAAGAUACCCUGACUGGAUUGAAGUCCAAAGACCCAAAAUGGCCGAAAGUAAAGCCACUAGUGUGCUGAGCUGGGAUCAAGUGAGCAGUUUGAAUGAUGUCCUCACUGAGGUGGUCCUCAUUCACGGCCGUGGAAAUUUUCCAACAUUAGAGGUCAGACUCAAAGAUGUGGUUAAGACUGUAAGGACCAGGCUGUUUGAAAGUGGAAUUCUAGUACGGGAUGUCCGUCUUAAUGGGUCAGCAGCUAGCCAUGUCCUAGUAAAGAAUAAUGGCUUGAACUACAAAGAUUUGGACUUAAUUUUUGGGGUUGAUCUACCAGGGGAAACUGAAUUCCAGUUGGUAAAAGAUGUGGUGCUGGGUUGUCUGUUGGAGUUCCUUCCGGAAGGAGUCAACAAAGAAAAAAUCACACCCCUUACACUCAAAGAGGUCUAUGUGCAAAAAAUGGUGAAAGUCUGCACAGAUACAGAUCGCUGGAGCUUGAUCUCCCUUUCCAACAAUAAUGGCAAGAACGUGGAGUUGAAAUUUGUGGACUCCCUCCGCCGACAGUUUGAGUUUAGUGUUGAUUCCUUCCAGAUCAUCUUGGAUUCUCUCUUAUUUUAUUAUGAUUACUCUGAGAACCCAAUGAGUGAGCACUUCCAUCCAACAGUAAUUGGGGAAAGUGUAUACGGGGACUUUGAGGAAGCAUUAGGUCACCUCAGGAAUACACUGAUUGCAACCAAGACUCCAGAAGAAAUCAGAGGAGGAGGACUGCUUAAAUACUGCAAUCUUCUGGUAAGAGAAUUCAAACCAGCCAGUGAAGAAGUAAUUAAAUCCUUAGAGCGGUACAUGUGCUCUCGUUUCUUUAUUGAUUUCCCAGACAUCACUGAACAACAGAGAAAGCUAGAAGUCUACCUGCAGAACCAUUUCAUCGGGGAGGAGAAAAGCAAAUACGAUUACCUGAUGAUCUUGAGGAAUGUUGUGAAUGAGAGCACUGUUUGUUUGAUGGGACAUGAAAGGCGCCAAACUCUCAACCUAAUCAGCCUCUUAGCUCUCAAGGUGCUAGCAGAGCAAAACAUCAUCCCUAAUGUCACCAAUGUCACUUGUUAUUAUCAGCCUGCUCCAUAUGUCAGUGAUGCAAACUUUAGCAACUACUAUGUAGCGCACACUGCCACCUCAUACCAACAAUCGUAUCCUACCUGGCUUCCCUGCAACUAAUAAGUAAUGCUAUGUUCACAGUUGACUUGUGUGCAGAUUGAUGCAGCUCAGCUCACCAUUGUGGCUUCUUUCAUUCACGUUAGCUGAGAAGGGAGCAAACCCUAUGGCUGUUGUAAAUGUUGCACGUAUUAAACUGCAAUGAGAAUACAAGGAUAAUAUGCACACUAAUUUUUGCUAUAGGAAAAUCCAAAAAAAGUCACUAAUGAUGGAUGGUACAUAAAUUUUAGGAUUAACAACAAUGCUAUCAAAAGUCCUGAUAGUACACUGUGUCGUAGUGUUCUGGAAAUGUAACUUUGACUUUUCUGUAAAGGGUUAUCUAUCCUCACACUGUGUACUAGGAACAAUUGUUAAUUUUCGAGCAAAAAUACAAAUAAGAAUUCACAAUAAUUCAGUUUAAAGAAGUAACUAAUUAGAUAAUUUUGCAAAUAGAAAUAUAGGGGUUGCACAGUGACUUUUUUAAAUGAGACACAAUUAGAAACCUGUAGUUUAUAGUUCACACUUCAAAUUGUAAGUUGCUCCUGUAGUGACUCAGUAGGGGGAAGGUGGUGGGUGUGAAGAAAGAACUGGUGUGCUUGUGUAUAAAGCUGCAAAGGUCCACUACACAUCUGCAAAACAAGUUUACAGACAAGCAGGCCACAUAGUUGCUUUGUGUGACAAUGACGGGCCAUUAGUAUACCAAGAAAUGUAAAUGAGUAAUCUGGAAAUUUCUACCUCGUGAAUAAAUGACAGUUAAUUGAUGUUUGAAGGUAAAUCUACAUUUGCAAAAACAUUUUAGAAAAUUCAGAACUGGUUAGUUCCUGGUUUUGUACAAGUGCUACUGCUCAGGAAAAUGAGCUGAGAGUGAUCUUAAAAGAUUAGUUGCACACUAUCCUAAGUUAGUUGCUGUUACAGUAAAGCCUUCUGUAGAGUGAGCUGCAAUGUUGAAUUAUUUUGCAGAAAAUAUGCUAUACUUUUGCUUCUGCAUCAUAAUGGUGUAUAAAUACUCUUUCAUGGCUGCUGCAUCAGCCUUUUAAUCUAAACCACAUUCCCAGGCAAUGGAAGUUUGUGCUGAAAGUAUUGUACUCUCUCAAAACACAGCUUUACUGGGUUGGAGGAAAGUCUAAAUCUAACAAGUGUCAAUUUUUAAACUGUGUCCUUUACCACUCCAGUAAGUGCGCUGGAGUAAGAAGAGAGUGUAAUUUGAAUUUGCUGCAUUCUAAGCUGGCCAAUAUGUGGCAGGCUGACUGUCAAAUGCGUAGUUCAUGGUGUGAAAGAAAUGCAAAUUUUGGUAAGUUCCAGGUGCAGAAACUCAAGUGUUUGUACGGUAAUGCUAAGCUUUGCCUGAAUUUAGUGAAUUGAGUAUCUUGUGUUCUGAGCUAAAAUAUAGAAGACUUCCAAUAUUAAAGCACAGUGAGGUGAUGUGUGAUUUGAAAUUUUUAUUCACAUUUUGCUCUGAACCAGACUGCUUCAUCCUUCAAUUUGAGUGCAGUUUGUGAAUAGAUAGAACUCUGCAAUUGGAACAGAAUGAAGAACAUUUCCUGAAACACCUCACAGGCCUGGAAAUUCAAACUUGAUAUUUGAGCUGAUUUGUAAAAUACUGUAAGAGAAAGCAGGCAGGAACAGCUUAAAUUGAAUUUAUCCAGGGGAAUGUCAAUAAUGAAGUUCAUCAAAUAACUUGUUUCCAUUUAACAUUUGAAUUAAUGCUAACACCAGGAAAGAAUUUAUGGAGUAACUCCUGUCAUUUAAAUAAACAAAAACACAGUGUACUAUUGGUGAGGCCUUUUUGGUUGAGAUUUCAUUAUGCAAAGUGUUAAUAAAUGCAGUCGAUCUAGGAUGCGUACUGGUCCAGCACACAUUCCAGUUCAGUGUGAACAUAGUAUUGCUGUAUUUAAGUGCAGGGGACAUUUGAAAAUUGCAACUUUAAUAAAUUGUAUACUGAAUUUCAAAACACCAGCUUUGAAUUAUAUAGAAUUGAAAGUAGCAGAGUAUAACUUUGCUAGUGUAAAGUCUUUAUUUUUGACACACCUCCUUUUGAACACUUUUUUGUGUAUGGUUUCGUUAAAGAAUACUGGGAAGAGGGUGUGAGGAAUAGAACUUGCGUAUCUUUUUGAAAGCUGGUUACUGCGAUUUAAAACAAAUUUGGUGUUGAACAAAUCCUUGCUGCACAGUCAUAGUCAGAUUCAGAUGAGUUCAAUGAAUCCCGAUCAGAAUUGUGCGUGAAAGUCAGUCUGUUGCCCAGUGUGUCUUGAAACUAUUUUAUCAAGUGAAAUGCAGAAAUAAGUUUUCAAGUUGUACAUUAAACCUUUUUAUUGCACAAAGAACUCUCUCUAUAGUGUUGAUUUCUAUUGCAGUGUGACUCUCUUCUACAGGCAGUGGCAAACUUAAUAUAUUGCACAAUUCGGUGAGAUUUUCUAGUCUGGAUGAUAUUGAACUGUUCAACCAUUGCAUACGGUAUCACAGUUGCACUUGGUUCUGUUCUCAAAUAGACACCCAAAUAUGCAUUUUCUGGCAGAGUCACAAGGUAGUGACAUGAAAUGGGAGUAUUGAAUUUCCCAAACAGUGGGGAGGGAAAAGGUGCUAAAGUACAGACAGUCAUUAAAUCUGAGAUAUUCUUGAUGUGUAUGAUUUCUUGCCUUAUCACAUGGUAAAUUUACACACCCAACCAGCAGGAAAGUCUAAAGGAUAUUUUUGUAUUUCUUUUUUUUUUUUUUAGCAUCUAUAGUCUUGAGUGCUUGCUACUACAUAUUAAUGAUGCAAAAUGUAGUGAAAUCAGAUACUCAAUGCUUAGUUCAGGAUUGUGUAAAUACUGAGUGAGUGUAUGAGGCAUUGGAAUUCUCUUGCUGGUGUAUGUUUUUUGAUUUUUUUGUACCCUGAUUUCAGUUAUUUUCUUGUAACUAGGGACAGGCAUCAAAAGGAGGAAAACAACUAAUCUUAUUCAAUUUUUUUUUUUUUGUUUUGGGUUGAAAUGAUAAGGUAUAGACAUGAUUGGGACUGAGACUUCUACUCCUGUGAGAAAUAAAAAUUGUAUUUUUAUUUUCAGAUUAACUUGGCUAUUACUGGCAAUAUUUGUAUUUAAAAUUUCCAGAUUGUGCUGCUGUACAUGCUUUGUAUGAAUAUGUAGACCUUUGGUCCCUAUUUGACAAUAAAGACUACCCAAUAAACGGUCAA